GUGUUAUGGUCGAAGGUGAUGCUUGUUGUCAUUUGAUAAAAGUGGCGAAAGUUUGACAACUUGUUCAUAUUGCUAGCUUACCCGUUAUCAGAGAGACACAUACACAGACCAAGCAAAGGAGCAGUACCAACGCCGACCAUGGUCCAGCUGGGAACCUCUCCCGACUUUCAACUCAAUAGAAGUCGACCGUCAUUCAGCAUUAGCAGAGUUCUUGGAGAAGAUUUUCCAAGUUCCUCCCCGGAAUAUAGCAGCAGGUAUCCGGACAGUGCGGAGAGUCCCGAAUCAGAGACUUCGUGUCUAUCAGUGGAAGAGGAACACGCUAAUGUUGAUGUCGAGGCGUAUGACUCGGAUUUAGAAAACUCUGACUUUUGUGAAAAAGAAUCGAGUGCUAGGUUGACACCUAAUCUCGAUAACAAACAUAAUGCUGGUGAUGACAAUAUAGAGAAUAGGGCACCAGCCUCAAAAAGUUCGGACUCAAAAUCGGACGGAAACAACAACAGGACACUCAACAACGAUGCCAAGAAGUCCGAAAAACCGCCAUUUAGUUAUAACGCUUUAAUUAUGAUGGCUAUUCGAAGCAGUCCGGAGAAAAGACUUACUCUGAACGGAAUCUAUGAAUUUAUUAUGAAGAACUUUCCAUAUUACAAAGACAAUAAACAAGGAUGGCAAAAUUCUAUCAGACACAAUUUAAGUCUAAACAAGUGUUUUGUCAAAGUUCCCCGUCACUAUGACGACCCAGGAAAGGGCAAUUAUUGGAUGCUGGACCCUUCCUGUGAUGACGUAUUCAUUGGAGGAACCACGGGAAAACUCCGUCGGAGAUCCACGUCCGCUUCCAGGACCCGUCUAGCAGCUCUAAAAAGGGCUGGUUUCCCAGGAAUUCAGCCACAUGUUUAUCCAUUUGCCUGUUCAGCAGGUAAACCCGGCUCGUACAUGUGGCCCUUUUCGUCCCUGUAUCCGUUCGGAGGGAGCACCGCUGCAUCACCUGCCUUACGGUAUGGUGGGUUCCAAUUCUAUCCCUACACGGGACUUUUACCCACAUCAUCGUCCGUACCAGGGACAACUGCAGGACGGACGACAAACUUUUCCGUAGACAGACUCUUAGGGCUCGACAUGGGGGUGUCUUCUAAUAUGUCCGCCGGCUCGUCGUCUUUGAAGACUAAUAGCCAGGCGUUCCAGUGGUACCCAACCCAUUCACCCCUAUCCAUCCCCCAUACAGACCAGGAACACUCGAACGCAAGGGGAUUGGACCUUAGUCUUUUCAAAGGCGUUCACGGACUACCUGUAUCCCCGGGAUCAGCGUUUUCCUCCCCACCCGGAACAUUGCACCAAUCAUCCAAUGGACUUGUGCGAAAUAUGUUCUCAAAUACAUCAGUACAUUCUCAACGAACGCCUUACGACGUGGGAAGAACGUCAUAGUGCUAGCUAAACUUACAUUGAAAUGUGCAAUAUCAUUUGACAGUGUUGUUUUAAAGGUUACCGACCCUGUAUUAUCAUCAUGAAACUAUCCCUAAGGGGAGGUGGUUAUGGACAAGGACAGACUGUUGGUAGUGCCAGUUAAUGGGUGCGUAGUGCAGUGAGUUGCUCGCGACGAACCAACACCCGACAGGUAUGGUCCAACCACGUUAUCAUUCAUAUCGACAUGCGGACGGCUAGUUUCUGGGUAGUAAAUAAUAUUUUAUAUCAUGUAUGAUCAUCAGUGAGAGAAAAAGAGAGUAAAUGAUUUGAAAUAAACCAAUUCAAUUGAUA